UUACCUUUACGAGCACUUAGAGAAGAUCUGUCUUUCCAUGGAUUUCUCUGCUACCAUCCCCGUUAAAUCUGCUUCUUCUUCGAGUUUGGGUUGUUCAUCGUUUUUUUCUGUCUCUCAAACCCAUAAUUCAAGCUCAAAAUCACACCUUUUCAACUUCUUCCAUGUAAUGCCCAAAUUCCACCGAAACUCUUUGUUCAAGUCCCUCAAAUGCAUUCAAUCUCCUAAGCUCGGUUCUCUUCCUUCAAAUCCCAGUUCGUUUUCGUGCUCUGCUGGUACACUGUCUCCGACCCAGAUCGCUCAUCUCCCACCGCGUAAACUCUCGGCCCUCAUCGAAGAAUUUCAGUCCCUUUUAGAUCCCAUCGACCGAGUAAAGCUUCUCCUUCACUAUGCUUCCCUUCUCCCUUCUCUCCCGGAUUCUUCCCGGACUGACUCGAACCGGGUCAUGGGUUGCACGGCCCGAGUUUGGCUCGAUGCCCAGAUGGACUCCGAAGGGAAUAUCAGAUUCUGGGCCGACAGCGAUUCCGAGAUUACAAAAGGGUUUUGCGCUUGUUUGGUUUCGGUUCUUGAUGGGGCGGCGCCGGCGGAAGUGUUGAGUUUGAAAACGGAGGAUUUGGCGGCGCUUAACGUCGGGCUUCCCGGUGGCGAAAGGUCUCGGGUUAACACAUGGCAUAAUGUUUUAGUUAGCAUGCAGAAACGAACAAGGGUCUUGGUUGCUCAAAAGGAAGGGAAAGCUCCAUUUGAGCCAUUUCCAUCGUUGGUGAUCACUGCUGAAGGUUUCCAACCAAAAGGAGCUUAUGCCGAGGCUCAGGCAAGGUAUUUGUUCCCUGACAAGUUGAAGGUGGAAGAACUUGUCAAAGUGUUGAAAGAGAAGAAAAUUGGUGUGGUGGCUCAUUUUUAUAUGGACCCUGAAGUCCAAGGCAUCCUAACUGCUUCCCAAAAGGAGUGGCCUCACAUUCAUAUAUCUGACUCAUUGGUAAUGGCUGAUUCAGCUGUCAAGAUGGCAAAAUCUGGAUGUAAAUUCAUCAGUUUGGGUGUUGAUUUUAUGUCUGAAAAUGUAAGGGCAAUUCUUGAUCAAGCUGGCUUUGGAAAGGUUGGUGUUUACAGGAUGUCAAGUGAACGCAUUGGUUGUUCUUUGGCCGACGCUGCUGCUACUCCUGAUUAUAUGAACUAUCUUGAUUCAGCUUCUAACUUGCGUCCUUCGUUGCAUGUUAUUUACAUUAAUACGUCGCUGGAAACAAAAGCUUAUGCUCAUGAGCUUGUGCCCACAAUCACUUGUACUUCUUCAAAUGUUGUGCAAACCAUUCUGCAGGCUUUUGCUCAAGUUCCAGACUUAACCAUAUGGUAUGGGCCGGAUUCCUACAUGGGCGCGAAUAUUAAAGAGUUGUUCUUGCAGAUGACUUUGAUGUCAGAUGAGGAAAUUGCUGAAAUACACCCCAAACACAGCACAGACUCAAUUAAAUCACUGCUGCCACGCCUGCACUAUUACGAGGAUGGAACAUGUAUAGUUCAUCACCUUUUUGGACAUGAAGUUGUAGAGAAGAUAAACGAAAUGUACUGCGAUGCAUUUCUAACGGCACACUUUGAGGUUCCUGGAGAAAUGUUCUCUUUGGCAAUGGAAGCCAAGAGAAGAGGAAUGGGUGUUGUAGGUUCCACUCAAAACAUAUUGGAUUUCAUAAAACAAAGGGUUCAGGAAGCACUAGAUAGAAAUGUUGAUGACCAGCUGCAAUUUGUCUUGGGUACAGAAUCAGGAAUGGUGACCUCGAUUGUUGCAGCAGUUCGCAGUUUGUUAGAUUCUUCAAAGUCAACUUCCAGAACACAAAUCAAUGUUGAAAUCGUCUUCCCUGUCUCGUCAGACUCGAUGACGAAAACAUCUACAAGCGCUUCACCUGUUAAAAUGGGUGAUUUUACUGUCCCUGUUGUACCUGGAGUUGCAAGUGGGGAGGGAUGCUCUAUUCACGGUGGCUGCGCAUCUUGUCCAUACAUGAAGAUGAACUCUCUUAGCUCACUCUUACACGUUUGCCACCAUUUGCCUGAUGAAAGAAACAACCUUAAAGCAUAUGAAACCGAACGAUUCAAGUUGCAAACCCCACGAGGAAAACCUAUUGCAGAUGUUGGAUGUGAGCUACUGCAUAUGAGACACUUUCAGGCAAAGAAAGAACUGUCCGAGGAACUUGUAUACCAGGUUCUCGGUCCACACGGUAAUGGGAAGUCGGUGUGAUAGACCGAGUCAGUCGACGAACUGCAUCCGGGUUUUCAUCUAAUGCAAGCAGAGUUGGUCUGGAUAGAGGCAUAUGGGUGAACCAGAGGUUCAUAACAAAGUUUUUCAGUGAUAGAAAGUUGCUUAAAAUAUAAUUAGUGUUCAGCUGAGUGAUGGGUCUUUACGAGAAGUUAAAUGGAUCUUAUCUUGAUUUAUUAUCCUACAGGGAAGAAAUCAUACUGUUAGAUUUUUUUUCUUAA